CUUCGACAUCGUCAUCCGUUCCGUGCCCGUGGCGCUGCCUCGCCUCGCCCACAGACACCGCAACCCCCUCCGGAGGCCUGCCAGCCCUACCGCCGUCUGCUACCCCCCACGCGGCACUUGGUUAUUGUUUUUUUUUUCCUUUUUUGCAUCGGGGAUUCGACUCGACGGCCUCGAGGCACCCGACCAAGGCGGCGGCAGCAGCAGCAGCAGCAGCCGCGGCAGCAGCAGGUGAUUCCUCAGAACCCAGCCUCUGGCCGCCACCUCCACCCGCGUAUGGUCGCCACAGACAUCUCAACCUGCAGCCUCGCCGCCAACCUCACCUUCGCGAUACAUGACCAGCCCGCAUCGUCGCGCCGCCGCUGUCAAUGUGCCCGUCCAUCGACCAGCACCCGCCGAGCUGAGCUCUGCCUGUGUCGCGACGACGACGACGACGACGACGACAACGCUUGCGCAUAGCGGGGUUUCUUGUCGCCUUGGACCGCCCGCGCCCGCCCCCGUCAGCCGCCGCGCUCACGUCGUCUCCCCAGCGCGCCCAACCGUCCGUCCCUCCGUCGCAAUCGCCGUCAACCACCAUCGCCCGCCAUGUCCUUUCGCGGCGACAACCAGCGCCGCUACGGCAGCGUGCCGCCCGUCCAGUACCCGGUCGCUGGGGACCAGCAAGGCGUCGGCCGGCGCCCCAGCUUCAACACGGGCGACGACUCGGCCUACCUCGCAAGACAGCCCGCCCACGACCCUCCCGUCGCCGUCCCCGCGCCCGUCUCGACUGGCGCCCAGCCGGCCACCGAGGAUGAGCUCUUCCUGACCAGCCCGUCCUCCAACUCUGGCUCUUCGUUUGCCCGCUCACAGUUUGGUUCCACCAGCAGCGCAUUGUCCGGCUUCCAGCAUCACUACCAGCACCAAGACACGACGCCUUCAACUCCGGGCUCACAGACCACCAGCUACAACCCCCAGACCUUUGCCCAUCAAUCCGCUGCCGGCUUCCAGCGCUCCCAGUCCACCAACCUCCCCUACCAUCAUGCUGCCACCAGCCCGCGAUAUUCCAACUCCAACGCCGCCGCCGCCGCUUCCUCCUCCUACAACACGUCCCCCGUCGCCAACUUCACCCCGCAGGCGUACAACCCCGCCGCCUAUGCCAGCACGCAUGCGCCCCAACGGCACCCUACAUAUCACGGCUACGGCCAGGAGCACGGAUACGGCGCCUCGGUCGGGUCUGGCGCUGCGCCAACCUACAGCCAGUCCCCUGCUGCGACGUACGCAGCGUCCUUCCAGCAGCCCGUGCGCGCGUCCGCCGUCCAGCAGCAGCCCAUGCCCACGAGCCCUUCGUCCUACGCUGCUCCCGGCUCCCAGGCUCAGACCCCAACUUACGACCCUUCACAUUACGCCGCUGCCCACCGCUCGAGCUACGACGGCCACGUCGACGGCCAGGCUGCCGCUCCGUACCCGACUGCAACAUCCCCGGCUCCGUAUCCUACCACCACCUCGCAUAUACCCGUCGGCCCCAACUAUCAGCCCAGUGACCACCCUUCUUACUAUAACCGCCAGUCUCGCUCGGAUUCGCAAACGUCCCCCCGAACUUCGCCUCGGGUCCAGCCUCAAUCGCCCUCGUCGGGGCUGCAAAGGCAUCCGACGAAUGCGCCGCUUCCGCGACGACCGCUGGAGCCCCCACUGCCACCUAGCAGGUCCAUGGAGGACGUGCCAGAGGAACCGUUCUGGGACGAAGCCGGACGCCCGUUCCGUGCCGAGUACGGCAACGAACACCUGUCCACGGACAGCAUCAUGCAGGAAAUAGAGGACGAGCUGCGCCGGAGCAGUGGCACCAAUCAGGUGCAGUCGGAGCCAUCGCCGCAUGGCUCACAGGCAACAGCAGACGAGGUUGUGGACCAGCUCCGUCGACACGGCUCAGGAGCGCACGCCCACUCCCCGUCAGGGGCUCGCGUGUCUCCUGGCGCUCCCCGCCGUGCCUUCUACGAAGACUAUGAUGAUGACCCGGAGGGAACUGCUGGCGUGCUGGCCAUGCAGCAGGCCGAGCUGGACGACAGGCGCUUCAGUGGAAACACCCUAACAUACGGCAGUGACGCGCCUCCGCCGGCUGUCCCGCAACCUCAGCUGCAGUCGCACUCGGAGGAACAGCCAUACAGCUCUGGCUCUAGCGACUUUGGCGGUGCCGUCGACUUGGGCAUGCUGAGCGGAGGAUACGCCGGCAGCUUGACGUACGGGGCCGGCAUUGGAUCGCCGCCGGAGCAGACAACGCUGGCGGAAGGGGGUCGGCCGCUGCCGACCCCGAGCUACUAUAAUUCACUAGGUGACGGAUACGACAACGCGCAGGCAUACAGAGAUGCCGAGGUCGACUACGGAGACACUGGCGGGCUACAGGCUCCCACAGAGCAUCGCCUCAGCUUCGACGAGGGUAGGGAGGAGCGCGUGUCGGUCCAUUCUCGGCAGAGCGGUACCGAGUCUCCGAUCAAGGACGACUAUCAGGAUCUCUUCUACCACCCAGGCCUCACCAACAGGCCGCUGCCGCCGCUGCCACCCCAGGGGGUCGCUUCGGAUAGCAGCUCGAUGCUCUCGACUCACACCAGCAUGCGCUCCCAGCAUCCACAGCAGCAUCAGCAGCAUCAGCAGCAUCAGCACACGCUCAGCGCCGAAGUUCGCUACUACCAGGCCGAUAACCCAGAAGCGUACUACCAGACGGGGCAGCAAACGCUGCAGCCAGAGAGGUCGAUCUCGCUGUCUGGACACAGCAACACACCUCAAGUGCAAGCGCCCGCCAGGUCGAGAACCGAUGCCGCCGAAGAGCGUAAGAAGACGAGGAGCCAGCAGGGCCCCCCACAGCCAGGGGCUUUGCCGUUCAGCGACUACGAUUCUAACGCAGGCACUGUCGGGGGCGCCUUCGAUGGCAUCACUCUGCCGAGUGGCGGUCGUAGGAAGAAGUUCGUGCCGUCCAAGCUCACCACCUCUGACUUUCGCAGGUGUGCGGAGCCUUGGGCGCUCAGCAGCAUUGAGAAUUGGAUUCGCUUCAUGGGCGAGGGUGAGCCCGAUCUGAGGGAGAAGACCAUCGAGGAGGCCAUUACCAACCUCUUCACACACAAGGUCCCCACCAUGAACGUGGCGGACGCCGAGGUCCUCAGCACACAAAUCACCAAGCUCAUGCUCGCAUCCAAGGCGCUGCUCCCGGACGAGGAAUGGGUCAAGUUCGGAGACGGCCACAUCUCGGGUGUCCUCUGGCAGCUAACGGGCGCAGGCUGCUAUGCCCCCAAGUUGCACGAGGUCGAUAUCAUCGGCCGCUGCUACUCCCACCACUGCACGCGUACGCUCAAGAAGGUCGACCUGGACGACCUGCUACCGGAGGAUUCCAAGGGCGAGGCGUGGAAUGUAUUUUACAACCUCAAAAAGGAAGACUGGGAGUCGAAGCCCAAAAAGGAGGUUGAACGCCAGAACAUCCUACACGAGAUCGUCACUGGAGAGGACAACUACAUCAAGCAGCUGGACAUUUUCCGCACGCUGUAUCGUGACGACUUGCGGACUCCGCGCAACCCGCCGAUCAUUAAACCUGAGAAGCGGGAAAAGUUCUUGACCACCAUGUUCGGCAAGCUCGACACCGUACUGCGCAUCAAUCGCGAGUUUCUCUUUGCCCAGCUCAAAUACCGCCAGAAUGAGCAGGGCCCAUGGAUCGUCGGCUUCAGCGAUAUCUUCCGAGAGUGGAUCAGGAAGGCCAAGUCCGAUUACAUCGACUAUGCUGCAGGCUACCCGUGGGCCACGUACAUGGUGCGAAAGGAGGCUGAGAAGAACUUGCUGUUCAAGAAAUUUCUUGAGGACAAGCAGAAGCACAAGUCUUCCCUAAAGCAAGACUGGACGCAUUUCCUCAUCACCCCGCUACAGCGCCUGCAACGCUACAUCCUUUUGCUACAGAGCGUCGAGCACAAGAUGAUUGGUGACAGCGAGGAGAAGACCAACCUACAGAGGGCCAUCCAGGAGAUCCAAACGGUCACGCUCGAGUGCGACACCAAGGUUGCGGAAACGAACAAGAGGGUUCAGAUCCUGGAACUCCAAAAGUCGCUCGUCUUGCGGCAAUCCUUCCAGGCGGCCCUGAACCUGGACCACCUGGGCCGCGUCCUGAUCAUGCAGGGAGAGCUACAAAGAAUGGGAUCCAAGGGCAUGCGCUGGGUAGACACCCACGCACUGCUCUUCGACCAUUACCUUAUCCUGGCCAAGGUCGUCGUGUCCAAGGACGGCAAGACAAACAAGAGAUACGACGUCUCCAGAGAGCCCAUUCCGAUGCCGCUACUAUUCCUGGAAAGCAUGAACGACGAGCCUGUCACGAAGCAAAAGGGUAUCACAGCUCCCCUCGGCCGCGCCACGACCGCUUCGGCUUCCAGCACGGGCCUCAGCAAGGUUGCAACCAACGGCAGUGGACGGCCUGGGCUGGAGCAUACCGGCACGAGCUCUUCCAUGAAUUCCCUUGCGCAGACGUCGUCUAACAACGACGCCGAGGGCAAGGUGCUAUAUCCGUUCAAGAUCAAGCACCUAGGGCACGAGGUGUACACCCUGUAUGCGUCUUCUGCGCGCGACCGCCUAGACUGGUGCACGAACAUCAUCGAGGCCAAGACGAGGCACGCCAAGGCGCUCUUCUCGCAGAAUGCAGAGCCCUUCCGUCUUCGUGUCCUUGCCGACGCCUCUUUCCACUACGACGCCACCUCUGCGUACGCCAGGGCGUCUGGCGUACCGGUCAAGGGAACACCCCUCGACCGGGCUAUCCAGGACAUUGAAAAGGUAAUGGGGCCUGCUCACGGCACUCCUCCGGUGUGCCGAGCCCAAGUCAACUGCGCGACCGGGUUCUCUGCGUUUGGUAAACCCGCGAUAGCUAUUGGCACGGACUAUGGAGUCUUUGUCUCUGACCCCUCGGACCCUCGAGGCUGGCGUCGAACUGUCCCAAUCACACGAGUCACGCAGAUUGCCGUCCUCGAAGAAUUUUCUGUAUGCUUGAUCGUUGCCGACAAGUCACUCAUCUCCUACCCGUUGGAUACGAUCGCUCCCUUUUCCGACUUUGCGCCGCCAGUCAACGACAGCGCGCGCCGGGCGCCUCAGAGGUUGGCCAAGGACGUCACGUAUUUCGCGACAGCCCGGAUGAAGGACAGGAUGCUGGUGUUUUAUAAGCGCAAGGAAGGUCUUCACACGUCCUUCAAGGUCCUGGAGCCGAUCCUGCACAAGGGUGGGGAGAAGAAAUCCCGGCUGUUUGGCGGACGUAAGGCGGCCGCCGGGAGCACCGAUACGUUCCGCGACUUUGAUGAGUUUUAUCUGCCGACUGAGUGCUACUCGCUGAGCCUGUUCCAGACGUACAUUGCCGUGUCGACGGCCAAGGGCAUCGAGAUGCUCACACUGGACAAGAAGCAACCCAUGUCCAUCCCGGACAUCAAGGCGCCGUCGAUCGCCAACAUCGCGGGCCGCAUCCGCGACCAGCACCCGCUGGGUAUGUUCCGGCUCAACGAGAACGAGUUCAUCCUGACGUACGAGGACUGCGCCGUGUACGUGGACAAGCACGGCGACGUCAGCCGCGCGCUCAUCAUGGAGUACACGGGCAAGCAGAAGAAGGCGCGCGGGGCCACCAUGUACGGGCAAUACCUGAUUCUCUUCAACGACGACUACGUGGAGGUUCGCAACGCCGAGAACGGACGCCUGCGGCAGAUCAUCGCGGGGCGCGACGUGCGGGUCAUCGACUUUGGCAUCCGAGGGCCGACGGGCGGCAACGCGGUGCAGUCCCAGCAGCAGUACGGCCAGAACGGGCAGCUUCAGACGGCGGGCGAGACGUCCAAGGGUACGGUCAAGGUCGCCAUGUGCCAUCCAGAGCUUCCGGGCCGGCAGAUUGUGCUGGAGAUGCUUCUCAACGAUGGGCACGCCGAAUAGGACGGUCAACGGACGCCGUCACGACGACGACGCUGAACCACGACGACGAUGGCAACGACGAUGACUGAGAUGACAAAGCGAUGUUACAUACGUACAUAACAUACUUGGUGCACUCACCGACGACGGCGAGGCGUCGAAGAGGUGGGAAACGGCCUCUAGAGACGAUUACGACGACGACGAGGCGCGCCCUCCAAGCGCGCCACUUGCUUUCAUCCUUUCAUUGCCCGGAUUUCUCGCGAAGACGAGCGGGAUAUGCAGGGAUCAUCCAUGUAGUUCCCAUCGGGGGCGCAACAUGACUAUAUACCAUUUUUGACAUUUUCCAUGAAGACGCUCUCCUCCCCCUCCCCAUAUCCCGGAGCUGCUCGUUGUCUCUUUUCCGAUUUUCUCACUUGUUGACUUUUGCUUCUCCUCCUUUGAUGGCAUGUAUGGCGUUAGCGGAGGGGCGGCUGCUGUACGCACGCGGCGGCAAGCGGCGAGACGAAAGGUCCCAUGUAUCGCGGGGCUGGUGUCGCCGGCCGGAAAGGGAGGGCGUGUGACGGUUUUAGGGGGUUGUUGAGUCGAAGUGAAGUGAAGUGCAGUGGCCUUGACUUGAGGGCUAACCAUAGUCACCCCUUCUGGGUUUUGGCUGGAAGUUGGACAGAUCCCUGUGGCCUCCUUGGCUUGCUUGCCCAGCUACUACUACUAUUACAUAUCUUACUUACUUUGCACCUGAGUGGACUCCGUUUUUCGAUUGAUGAAUGCGCCCCUUCACAUACGCGGGCGCGGGCGCACACGCAUACACAC